AAUGUUAUUAGCUAAAGAAUUAAAAAACCAUAAUGUUAUUGCAACAGCCAGAGACAUACAUAAGUUAAAAUAAGCAUUACAUGAUUAAAAGCAUUGCAGUUUGGAAUCCUUAGAUGUGAGUAAUGAAGAUAGAAUUAAAUAAUUUAUCACUACCAUUAAAUAACCAAUAGAUAUUCUUGUUAAUAAUGCAGGUAUCAUAGAAACACAAUUACCUAAUAAAAAUAAUCUUGCAUAAUAAGUUUUUUAAGUGAAUUAUUAUGGAGUGAUCAAUCUAACAAGAGCAGUCUUACCCUACAUGAAAGAAAAUGGAAAGGUUUAAAAAAAUGUUAAUAUUAUUUAGAUUAUAGUGAUAUCAUCUAAUUUGGGAAAACUAAGAAUCUAAAAUGCUGUUAUUUAAGAAUAAUUGAAUAAAUGUAAUAAGGAUCAACUUGAGAAUAUGGUUCAAGAAUUUAUUAAGAAUGUAGAUUCAAAGAAUGAUUUUAGGGAAUGGUCUAAAGAAUAUAAAGGAAUUUAUUCAGCAUCUAAAGCUUUAAUAAAUGCUUAUUUUAGACAUGUGUUAUCAAAAGAAGUAAAAUAAUAGGUGUUUUGUAUACAUCCAGGUUGGUUAAAGACAGAUAUGGGAGGACCAAAUGCACCUAAAUAGCCUGAAGAAGGUAUUAUUACUAGUUUAUAUGUUAUCAAUAAUAAAAUAGAUGGAACAGGUUUAUAUUUGAAUGAUAAAUGUGAAAUAGAAGAUUUUUGA